ACAUCAGACAUCAAUAUUACGUGGCGUUGUAUUUGACAAAGUUUAAUUUCUUAAAUUAAUAAUUAGAAUAUAGUCGAAAUGAACAAGUUAAAUUCUUGUGUUUUCCUUAUUGUAUUGAUAAAUUGUCUGAACUUCAGUCAUGGCUAUUUCAUAACCGUAGAUGCCCAUUCGGAAGAAUGUUUUUUCGAUAGAGCAGAAUCUGGCACCAAACUGGGAUUGAUGUUUGAGACUGUCGAAGGGGGUUUCCUGGAUAUAGAAGUCCGUAUCGUUGGCCCAGAUCAAAAAGUAAUAUACCAAGGUGAAAAGGAAUCAUCCGGAAAAUAUACUUUCUCCGCCUACGAAACCGGCAUAUAUCACUACUGCUUCAGCAAUAAGAUGUCGACGUUAACUCCAAAAGUGGUAAUGUUUUCAAUGGAAAUCGGAGAUGCACCAAAGGGAACCAUUGGAGCAGUGAAUGAAGGUGAAGCCGGACACACAAAACUAGAGGAUAUGAUCAAGGAGUUAUCUGGAACUCUAACUAGUAUCAAGCACGAACAAGACUACAUGCACGUUCGUGAUCGAAUCCACCGCUCGAUUAACGAAAGCACAAACUCGCGGGUCGUGAUGUGGUCCGUAUUUGAAGCCCUCGUGUUAGUAGUAAUGACAGUUGGUCAAGUGUACUACCUGAAACGCUUCUUCGAGGUGAAGCGCGUGGUUUAAGAUUCACUACUGCAUCAAAUUUCUGUUUCGGUCCGAUUGUGGUGAGAUAUGAUCAUUGUAAGUUAGUUUUAUUUUUUGUCUUAUGAAUAUCAAA